AUCCGCCUUCCCAAUCCCUCGACCGGUGACCAGGUGCAGGGACGUGAUUUGAUUGCGAUGCACCAGUUGCCCUCUUCCAGAACCGGGGAGGGCUGCUCUCCGCCCCCCCCUUCGCCCUUUUGCUUCAUGUCCUCCGUCCCCUGCUGCUUUCAGAAGAAUGGCGUGUUGCCCUUUGCCCAUGACGCCGUUGGUUAGCCAUCACCACUUCUCACGAGAACCAACAACACCUAAUAUCCGCACUCCCACUCUCCACACGGCCGUCAAACCGGGUCGUUGGAACUGCAUGUCGGUUCUCGUUAGCAUGCUCCCCGGUGGCCGUCGGGUCACUCGAAUGACCUUUGGCGAUCAAAUACCCCCUACCAGUUGCCCAGCACAAAACUCUGCUCACCCUGGUCUCCAAUCUCACGAUCCAUGCACACCGGUAUCCGGGCGUUUGGAAAAAAGAGCGUCAAGUGAUUGUUUGCACCACUGCCCCUGGGUUCCAACCGUCACCCGCAUCGCAUGGGGUGUAAGCCCUGGACUAUACUUCUUGGCCCGUCUCUCGUUGCGCGAUGGUUCAUCGCCCCUACGUGUGUCUAUGGCUUCGAUCCUAGAACCCUCGGGCCUCAUCUUGUCUCCUUUGGCCCGGCCGUCGGGGAACUCGGAGCAGGAAAGGGAGUAAGGUGGAAAGCCUGCCCAUCCAUCUCCCUUGGGCCCCACAUUAAAUGUGGUUACCACCGUCUCGGGACUGUUGGACGC